AUAUAAAGGAAACGUUUUCUCGAACACUGGUACCAUGCCGCCAAAAUUCCACGGUGUCAGCUGGACGAAUUUGACGCGAGUUUCGCGGCGAUUUGACGGCGGACGAGGCCUCUUCAUUAAUUGCCGCUGCUUCACCACGGGCAGUCUCCACAAUUUUAUUUUGACUCGUGCUCCAAAGAUCAGCCGUUCCGCACACUUUCUCGCACCGUCUGUCACCGCGAUCGAAAAAGUCCGCAGGAUGCCGCACGCUGUCGAUACCUAUCGCUCCAGAUUUAUCGUAACUCAUGUCGCAAAAAACCCAUCGCUUAAAAAUGGAUUUGAUUAUAUUGGUAAAAUACCAUUGUUAAAUGCAUGCACGAUAGAGAUCUCAUCCAAACUUCGCUAUUACAUCGAAGAAUGCACUACACUGUGCGGUCCGAAAGACAUUUAUAUAUGUAAUGGUACGGACGUCGAAUACAUGCAAAUGCUAAAAAUUCUGCAGAAAAGUAGAACUAUCGAAAGUUUGCCCAAAUAUAAAAACUGCUGGUUGGCAAAGACUAAUCCUGCGGAUGUUGCGCGUGUCGAAAAAUGUACAUUUAUCAGUACGGACUUGAAAAGCGACGCUAUUCCUACACCACGUAAAGAUAUAAUUGGAGAGCUUGGAAAUUGGAUCUCUCCUAAUGAUAUGGAAAAAGCUAUUUUGGAACGUUUCCCAGGAUGCAUGAAAGGACGCACUAUGUACGUGAUUCCGUUUAGUAUGGGCCCCAUAGGUUCUCCACUCUCUAAAAUUGGUAUAGAAAUUACCGAUUCGGCUUACGUAGUCUGUUCAAUGAGAAUAAUGACUCGAAUGGGAGAAAAGGUUCUUGAAGCCCUGGGAAAUGACGAUUUCGUUAAAUGUUUACAUUCGGUCGGUGUACCAAAACAUAAUUCAAAAGUCAAUAUAAGUCACUCAUGGCCAUGCGAUCCCGAAAGGACGAUUAUUCUCCAUAAACCUGCUAAGAAUGAGAUUGUAUCUUAUGGAAGUGGCUACGGUGGAAAUUCUCUGCUAGGAAAAAAAUGCUUUGCGCUUCGAAUCGGUUCGACAAUAGCCAGAAAAGAAGGAUGGCUUGCUGAACAUAUGCUUAUAUUGGGUAUCACAAAUCCCAAAGGUAAGAAACGAUACAUCGCCGCCGCUUUCCCGAGCGCUUGCGGAAAAACAAACUUGGCUAUGAUGCAACCUACUUUGCCGGGUUAUAAGAUCGAAUGCGUGGGAGAUGACAUCGCGUGGAUGAGAUUUGAUAAUAAAGGAAAUUUACGCGCUAUUAAUCCAGAGAAUGGAUUUUUUGGAGUUGCUCCCGGUACGAGUUGGGCCACGAAUCCUAAUGCUAUGAAAACUAUUUUCAAAAAUACCAUCUUCACUAAUGUAGCGUCUACUAGCGAUGGAGGGAUAUAUUGGGAAGGAAUGGAGAAAGAAAUCGCAGAUAAUAUCAAGGUGGUAGAUUGGAGAGGUAAUGAUUGGUUUAGAGGUUCUAAAAUACCAGCUGCUCACCCAAAUUCAAGAUUCUGCACUCCAGCUAAACAAUGUCCUAUUAUUGAUUCUUCUUGGGAAGAUCCAGCUGGAGUUCCAAUUGAUGCUAUACUAUUUGGAGGACGAAGACCCGAAGGUGUACCUUUGGUUUAUCAAGCUCGAAAUUGGCAGCAUGGUGUUUUUAUCGGCGCUGCAAUGAGAUCUGAGGCUACAGCCGCUGCUGAACACAAAGGUAAAAUAAUUAUGCAUGAUCCGUUUGCCAUGAGACCCUUCUUUGGUUAUAAUUUUGGACACUAUCUCGCCCAUUGGUUAAGUAUGGAACAAGUAAAAAAUGCCAAAUUGCCAGCAAUAUUCCACGUAAAUUGGUUCAGGAAAGAUAUGAAGGACGGAAAAUACCUAUGGCCAGGAUUUGGUGAAAAUUCACGUGUCCUCGAUUGGAUCCUUCGAAGGAUCGAUGGUGAAGAUAUUGCCGAAGACUCAGCUAUUGGUUUAUUGCCAAAACCGGAAUCCGUUAAUUUACAAAAUCUCCAAGAUAAUGUGAACAUGGAGGAACUAUUUAAAUUACCAAAAACUUUCUGGCAGAAGGAAGUCGAAGAUUUGAGAGAAUAUUUUGAUUCUCAAGUAGGAAACGAUUUACCCGAACCGAUUGCGAUGGAACUCAAUCGUCUUUCUGAUAACGUCAAUAAUCUUUAAUUUUUUUAAUACUAUUCUUAUAUUUUAUAUUGAGAGUCACAUUCUUCAAGUUAAUAUGAAAUUACAAUAACGAUAUAAUUAUGAUUUUGAUACAGAAUUAAUUAUAUAGCAAGACACUUGAUAACAUAAUAAUAAUUUGAAAAGUAAAAAAAAAGUUAUUUGACGUGCCAUGUGGUGUAACAUAAGAUUUAACACAAUAAUUUCUUUCUACAUUAUGUAGAUGUGUAGAAAGGAAAUCUAAAGAAUUAUUUGUAUAAAGGAUAAAAAAUACUAAUUUCUCAUAUAUAUAUAUAUAGGCUAAUGUUUCUUUUAGAAAGAUCUUUCAUGGGAAUCAACUUUCUCUUAACAAAAAUUUAAUGUAUACUUUCUUACAAAUUAUUUUCAGUAUUAAAUAUGUUGAUAUAAUUAAAUCUUAAAUUAAAAAUUCUGUUAACAAUAAAUUUAUAUGUAAAAUAAAUAAAAAUAAGGUUUUACUAUUCCCAUUUUUAAAUUUUAUUUUGCAAUAUUCGAUAUGUGAAAUAAUCUCACUUUACUUAAAUUGUACAGAUCAUGUUCUUAGAUAUUUGAUUGUUUCUUCAUUUUAAUAUUUAAUUACAAUUAAAUCAUUAACAAUUAAAUCAUCAUUAAUGAAAGACGAUCCUAGUUUAUUAUCUAUAAUAUGUUGACUGAAAACAUGCAUAUAGUGUGAAUAUAUAAUAUUAGAAAAAGUGCUCUAUGCGAAUGAGAUACGUUGUGUUUUAAUAUUUUAUUUAAUUACAAUAAAAAUAUUCCCGAGACAAUGCCAUGUUAUUGUUACAUUAUUUAUAUUAUAUCCAUGUUUUGCUCUAUUUAACAGAAGUUUGCCACAAAAAUAGACGAUAUGUAAAAAUAUCUUGUAUGUGUGCAUAUUUAUGAGAGAGAUGUGCAUUUUCAUGAAACAAAAAUAAAAUCUUGUUAUUCCAAUCAAA